AUGGAUUACAUUUGGAUUACUUUGUAUGAGCUUCGGUCCCUUCAGGACCCAACAUAGCUCCUUCCAAUCGAUCAAGUCACUAGUCCAAGGGCUUCCCAGCAGCUGUCUAGGAUUACACUAUAACACCUUUUCCGAAUACGCGGCCCCUUCACAUCAGAGUCUUAUAUUCCAUCUCUAAAAACGCCUAACAUUAUGGCAAUCUCAUUGGAGAUGCAGUUGGGUGUUUUGCGGAUUCCCACAGCCCCUGCGCUAUCCGAAUGCACUUGCAUCCCAUGAGCAGAGCCAAAGCCUACUCAUCAUCAAGUCCCUCUCUUAAACCCACAGUCAUUCCUCGCGCACCGGAACACAAAGACACGACCACCCUCAAUCUGCCGACGAGAGAUCUCCUGGCAGUGACACAAAGGGUUCCCCUCUCGGAUGCCUUCCCGGUCAUCGAAGACCAUGCUGUUGCAAGAUCGGCAGAAAUAACGCCAUCUGUCCCUAUUGCCAUGAUUGUCGCUGCUCGUUUGGCGACGAGACAUUUGGGCGCCGCAACAGUCGGGCGCGCGUGAGAACAGGCGGGGAACUGCACUGGGCAUCUUGCGGGAAACGAACGCGAUCGUGUUUUCUGAGCGAUCAGUGGCAGUGAAGAACAAGUGCGCGUAUCUCAGGCUGAGACCACAAGUAGAGGCAAUGACAAGGCGGGAGAUAUGCCAGUUAGAGGGAUUUCAGUAGCAUAAUCGGCCGAUGCCAAACCACCU